AUGCAGCUCGACCUCCUGACCGCCACCGCGACGGACCUCCAGCGCCUGCUGGAGGCCGGCAAGACCACGAGCGUGGAGCUGGUGCAGGCAUACCUGGCCCAGAUCGAGCGCCACGAGCCCGAGCUACACGCAUUCAUUUCCGUCGCCCCGCGGCACCUCCUGCUUGCCGCCGCGGCCGAUCGCGAUGCCGAGCGGCGCCAGGGCCGCCCGCGCGGGCCGCUGCACGGCAUCCCCGUCGUCCUCAAGGACAGUUUCAUGACGGCCCCCGAGCUCGGCAUGGGUACCACGGCGGGCGCGUGGGCGCUCGUCGGCGCCAGGGCGCGCGCCAACUCGGCCGUUGCGCAGCGCUUGUUGGACGGCGGGAUGAUCAUCCUGGGAAAGACCAACCUAACGGAGUUUGCGGGCAUGAAGACGACCAACACGACCCCGGGAUGGUCGGCGGUCGGCGGCCAGACGGUGUCGCCGUAUGUCGGGCCGAUCGCGGACGGCGAGACGCUGCUGGGGCACACGAACCCAGGCGGCUCCUCAACAGGCUCCGCCGUGGCCGUCGCGGCGGGCUUCAGCCCUCUCGCGUUGGGCACCGAGACCAUCGGCUCCAUCGUCACGCCGGCCACGCGGGCGAGCCUCUACGCCCUCAAGCCGACGGUCGGCGUGCAGGACACUCGCGGUUUGUACACGCUGACUGACUUCUUCGACAGUCCCGGACCCAUGGCCAAGUGUGCCGAGGAUAUCCUGGUACUAACCGAGAUUUUGCUGGGCCGCGAAUUCUCGCGCGGAGGGCUAGGAACUUGGGACGGCCUUUCGAUUGGCUUCCUCGAUCCCAAUGUGUGGAGGAUGGCCGAAGCGAUGUGUCGGCAGCACCCUGGCACGGCAGAACAGAUGAGGAGCGAAUACGACGAGAUCGUCUUAAAGCUGAAGACCCUUCAAGUCGCGGUUAAAUAUCCCAUUAGCCUGGCUGACGUAGCGGAGCUGACAGUGGACGGCGAGCAAGCUAUCAUGCCGGUUGCUUUCUGGGAAUUCAAGAACGGCUGCAUUCCCCGCUUUCUCAGUGCCUUCAAGGAAUGCCCGGUGCGAACGCUUGACGAUAUUGUCAGGUUCAACGAGGUCAACAGCGACAAGUGCCUCCCGCCUCCACAUACCGCGCAGGACGACCUCAUCAAAGCCCUCAACAACACCGACGACGCUUCGCACAUUACGAAGCUGAAGAAUGGACUCCGGGCCGUGGGCCGGCGCAUCCUGGAUCAAGCCUUCGACAGCCAAGGGCUGAAUAUCAUCGUCGGGCCUGGAGACAGCUCGCUCUGCAUCCACGCGGCGGCAGCAGGAUAUCCCAUCGCUACCGCACCACUGGGUCAGCUGCACUACAAUGGCCGCCCCUUUGGCCUGUGCAUGGUGGCCAAGGAGAACAACGAAGAGCUGCUCCUCCGCUUCAUGGCCGCUUACGAGUCGUCUCUCGGCUUGCGGCGGCCGGUCCCAAAGCUACGCGGCGACUGA